CUCGCUGCGGGAGCGAUGCUCAUGCGCUUUCCCAGCUCGCCCACCUCCAACGUUUCACAGCCGACACACCUGUCCGAGGACGCUGCAGACGACCCUGGCGCGACAAACGAUACCCAACUGUAUUCUCACGACUCCGACUUGGUCGCUAGACACUCCUGCCAGGCGGCACACCACUCCUUAACACGCGCCUAGACUCUCCCUCAAGUUGACAUGGUGGACGACAAGUAUAUAGGGCUGACACUCGCAGUAUCAAGCUCACUCGCUAUUGGAACCAGCUUCAUCAUCACGAAAAAGGGCUUGAACGAUGCAAGCAACCGGUCCACGUAUUCGCAAGUUUCGGACAACUACGCGUACCUCAGAAAUCCUAUUUGGUGGGCGGGGAUAUCAACAUUAAUUCUAGGAGAAAUCGCCAAUUUUGCUGCAUACACAUUUGCCCCGCCAAUAUUGGUUACACCAUUAGGCGCACUCAGUGUCAUCAUUGGCGCCAUCCUAGCGUCUUUCUUGCUAGAUGAAGAACUUGGACACCUUGGGCGUGUCGGUUGCGCACUAUGUCUGCUUGGGUCGCUCAUCAUCGUGCUCCACGCUCCAGAAGACAAGGAGAUCAAGACAGUGGACGAGAUCUUACACUACGCUUUGCAGCCCGGCUUCCUGAUGUACUGCUUCACUGUGCUGGUGUUCAGUGUAGUGAUGAUCUAUGCCGUUGUCCCCAAGUACGGUCGGUCCAACCCGCUGGUGUACAUCUCGAUAUGCUCGGUAGUCGGUUCUGUGUCCGUAAUGGCUAUCAAGGGAUUCGGCGUCGCGGUCAAGCUCACGUUCGCGGGGAACAAUCAAUUUACGCACGUGAGCACAUACGUGUUCGGCAUCACCGUAGCAGGCUGUAUUCUCGUGCAAAUGAACUACUUCAACAAGGCACUGGAUACGUUUUCGACAAACGUCGUGAACCCCAUGUACUAUGUCGGCUUCUCGACAGCCACUAUCGUCGCCUCCGUCAUUCUGUUCCAGGGGUUCAACACGGAUGACCCCGCGAACUCUAUCUCUCUUCUCGCCGGCUUCAUCACUACCUUCCUCGGCGUCCAUCUCCUCGAAAUUUCUCGGAAACCCGAGUCAUUACCUACCGUCGCCAACGGCCACGGCCACUCCGCACUCGAAAGCGGGAUCAUGAACCCCCGCCUGAGCCUCCAAGGCCGCGUAUCGAUCGACGGCUGGGGCGGCGCGGCGGGCACACCGGCCGGAGGCGUCAACGCGCCGCAUAGCGCGCGACACGGGCGACAGAACUCCGCGGGGCUGCGCUCCGCGACGCUGUUCAACGCGCUCGACGAGGAAGACGAGAUCACGGACAACGUCGGGCUCGCGCGGCUGCCGCAGGCAGUCGGCGACGAAGACGACGACGACGACGAGCUGGAGCAUGCGGACGAACGGACUCGUUUGCGCUACUACCCGGACGAGCGGCGGCAUGGCUCGCGGAGCCCCGGCAGCCGACACGCGUCGCCGCGGUGACGUGGGCGAGUGUCUGUCUAACUCUCUGUGUCUCUUGUUGUAUAGCUCUUCGACCGCGGACUAAAACUUACGAUAUACAACACUACUAUUCGUGUGUACUUUGGGGACUAUCUAUGAGUUUUGAUGGUUCA